AUAAGAAUGAAAAAAAUGACAUAAAGUAGAAAAAAGAGGCCAUCGAAAUAUAGUAUUGUGGAUGACGAAAAAAGAUCAUAAAUAGUGGAGAAAAUAUUUAAAGAAAACAUGAAAAUAAAGGAAGUAAUACUUGAAUAUAUAAUUUAGGUGGCUUAAGAAUUUUAAAUUCCACUAUCUACUGUCAAAGCAGUAAAAUCAGUUUAUCUAAAGGAAGGAAGAAUUUAGAAGAAAAGAAAGAGGAACCGUUCUAAAAAGGUUAUAACAACAGUUAUUGUUGCACUUAUUGACAAGUAAGUUAACAUUGUAGCAUCAUGACUAACAGAAAUAAGAUCCCGAAAGAUGCGAAUGACAUUUAAAAAUUUACUAAAGUGACGUUUGGCCAUGCAAAUUAAAAUGGAAAUGUGACUGAGUAGUGUAUGAGAUAAGGGAUAGAUUUACUUAUGUAGAUGUUGAGCGAAAUUCGAAAGAACUAACAUUCCAUUGGCAAACAUACCACUAUGUUAUCUAAGUUAAUUAAGGAAUAUUAAUAAUAAUGUAAAUCAUUUGAUUGA